AUGACAGUAGUCCGGAAAGACAUAGGAUUUACAAUUCCUCCUAUGAAAGGGGAGGAAACACCGUAUGUCAAGCCAACAUAUGAGCAAGUGAAUUUUCGCUUUAGAUUCCAGCGUCCACCGAGAAAAGUUCAAUUCUCACCAGAUAUUGAUGAAUACUGGAACCAGUUUAUAAAGGAUUCGCCGAAAUUAUCAUUUACAGACCUAUAUGAGCGCGUUAAAUCAUGCACAAAUCCAUCUUCAAUCAUGGCUGCAUUCUCGGAUUCAAACGUAUCAGACAAUCAACUCACAUCAGAUCUCAUGAGACUUAUCCAAUGCUACCCUGAUAUCCUACCACCUAACAAAUUAAAUGUUUCCUUAUCACCAAUCAAAUUGACAGCUGCUCAAUUCACAUUAGAGUUCCCUCCACGAAUUGCCAAUGUUUUUAACAGCAUAAUAUCGCUUACUCAAGUAAUUUUAGAUCGUUUGCCCACAUACGAGCAAAAGAUGGAAGUUAUUUCUAAAACUGCUUUAGGUCUUCUUCCAAAAACAUUCAAAGAGCAACUUAAAACAAGGCCAUUCCUCACAAUCUUGUGCAUUUUCCCAGUAAUCGAUGAAGCAGGAAAGAAGAAUUGGAUUAUCAUAAAGAGAGAUAGAACCGUCAACCUCGUUGAUAUGGAUACCAACAAAGUAGUCAAAACUUUCAGUCUUGAAGGCAUUAUUGAAGAUAUUAAUUUCAAAGAAAACACAAUUUCCUUCGAAGGGUUUGGAGUAUAUAAAUUUACGAACCAAAAUAGCAUUUGCAUCUGGAAAGAUGCACAAAAUGACAACUCUGACGUUUUAGUUACCCUUCUUAGCUGUAUUCCUGUAAUGAUGGAAUUUAAAGACAAAAUUCCUUCGAUUUUCUACGACCAGAUGAAGAAUUUGAUCUCGAACGAUGUUUAUGAUUUCGUUCGCGCCUUCGGUACCGUUGCAGUUUCAAAGCCAGGCAAAAAAGCUUUUAUUAAUUUAGUUCAAUACGUUUUGUAUUCAGGAACCGUCACAACUCUUGUUAGAUAUUUGUUCGGAACCCAAAUUAAGAACACAAUUGCCGAAAAUACCAUCUUUAGAGAAGCAUCCGCUUGUUCUGUACUUUUUUCAAUGAUUUCCGAUAACUACGGUUACGAUUUCAUUGACAAAACAGUCAACAAAGCUGCAAACUGCCAGUCAAAGAUCGAAACUGUCGAAAUUAUUACAAGAGAUUACGGAAAUCUUCCUCUACAAAUGAAGAACUUGAUUUCUGCAACGUUCAGAGCAACGAGACGUAAAUAUCCUGAUAGAUUAGUCCCAUUACUUGCGAUUUCUUCCAUGUUUAUGCUCAGAUUUAUCAGUCCUGUCAUGGCAAACAUGGGAAAGACAAAACUCGCAGGAGAUGCAAUGAAGGCAUUCGUUUUCUUCAACUCAAAGGACAAAAGUGAAGAAGAAUUUCCAAAAGAAAUCUUUACCAGAAUUGCAGAACAGUAUAUUUCGAAUCUGGGCUAUUCAGAUUCAACUUACCACUUCGCUGAAGCUAAUCUUGAGGAGAUUGUUGCCGAUUGCGCUACUUACAACAAAGAAAUUUGCGAUAAUUUAAAGAGAAAGCCAACAGAGCAUCCUCUUUACUGGUCAAUGCUCGAAUUGCUCGAAAACUGCUUUAUAGGUGAUGAAGAUUUAAUGACAGUCCUAUCACAAGGAUAUUUAAUUGAAAAUUAA